ACUGAAAAGGGUUCUCACAGCAUUCAUCGAUACACUGCUCGAUUACAUAAAGCUGAGUACCCGGACGACUUCCAGAUCUCCUCCCUGCAUUCUCCAGCUUGAGCCCUUCAUUCUCCCUUCUUCCCCUGCGAUUAAGCGAUAAAACACAUAUUUUGCUCAGCUUCUCUCUCAUACCGAGUUAUGUCCACUUCUGCCCGCCGCCGUCUCAUGCGAGACUUCAAGCGUAUGCAGACUGAUCCUCCCGCCGGAGUCUCCGCCUCCCCUAUAGCAGACAAUGUCAUGACAUGGAAUGCUGUAAUUAUAGGUCCAGCAGACACUCCUUUUGAAGACGGCACGUUCCGGCUGGUAAUGCACUUCGAAGAGGCAUAUCCGAAUAAGCCACCAGGCGUGAAGUUUAUAAGUCAAAUGUUCCAUCCCAACGUAUACGGAACGGGCGAGCUUUGUCUAGACAUUCUACAGAACAGAUGGAGUCCCACAUAUGAUGUUGCUGCGAUCUUGACUAGCAUCCAGAGUUUACUCAACGAUCCAAACACAUCCUCCCCUGCCAACGUCGAAGCCUCAAACUUGUUCAAGGACAACCGCCGUGAAUACAUAAAGAAGGUACGGGAGACGGUUGAGAAGAGCUGGGAUGAUUAGUCGUUGUUCCGGCGUUCCUAGUAUAUAUGUGUCGGGGGCUUUGCAUCAAAUGCAACACACUCAGCGAACCUAGAAAGCAUGGCCCAGCAUAGCGUAACAAUUGUCUGUGUCUGUGGAGCCGUAUAGGCGUUUUCGGAAUCUGUUAUUGUCAUGGCGUCACGGUCCAGCUUAUCACAGGAGUUAAACGCGACAGCUUUGGCGUACAUGUGGGAAACAUCUUGUCUUGGUAAUUCGAAUGUUCAUAUGAGCUGCAUCAAUUGUUUCUGAAGAGUUCUCCGGCUAGAACACAACGGCGAUACCACAGACAUGGGCUUUUUCUUCUACUCAACCCCUUACCGACAGACCACGUAAUGGAAACCAAAACAAUGACACUACUUUUGUAUAUGAGU